AUAAAGUAGUAUAAGGUUGCAAAUUAGGCACUACAGCACACAGUCUAAGCUUAUGUUUGAAAUGGGUCGAGGAGAAGUGUAUAUACAAUAUGGGAGCCUACCCGAAAAGACGGCGGUCCAGAUUUUGUCGAAUUUUAAAGAGGCUGCUUUGUGGAAGGAAGGCUGUAAAGUGCUCGAUAUUGGUUGUGGACCCGGCAAUGUAACGCACGACAUCCUCUAUCCAAUCUUACCAAAAUCCACAAGUGAAAUAGUGGGUGUGGAUAAGUGCCCUGAAUUUAUCGAAUACGCGAGAAAUAACUACGAAGAAAAACCAAUAUUUUCCUUCCGGGUCUUGGACAUAGUGAACGAUGAAGUACCGGAAGAGUUGGAGCAGAAAUUCGAUUAUGCCGUUUCGUUUCUCUGCUUUCAUCAAUUCAGCGACCAUAAGGCCGCUUUCGAAAAUGUGAGCAAAAUGUUAAAGCCUGGUGGAGAAAUUCUGUUUUACUUUGCGGCGAAGGCAUCCACUUUUCAGUUAUAUGAGACUCUUGCAAAUAAUGAGAAAUUGUCGGGGUACUUUCCCGACUGGGAGAAGUACUGUAGUCCUUACAAAGACUCUUUAAACAUCAAGAAAGACAUUGAAAACUUUGUGAAUAAAAUGGGAUACAAGAUACUUUCACUGCGCAUUGACAAAAAACACCAUUCGUUUCCAAUGAAAUAUUUCCAACAGCUUCAGCAGUCAUUAGUUCCUCUUCCACUCCCGGAUGAUUUUUUUAGUGAGAUAAGAAAUGAUAUGCUUAUUGCGAUAAGAAAUUUGAAGUUGUCUAAGAUUGACGGAAAUAGCGAGGAGUACUUCGAAUUUAUCGGAAAUAUUGCCAUUCUGCACGCUGUAAAAGCAUAAAAUAGGUUGUCCUUAAAUUAAAUAUCAGCUGAAAGCAAAUCACUCGUAAAUACUCCUUAGUUGUCCAAUUUAUAUCUUAAACAUUACCACUUUGUUCCAAAUGGGUAAAUUUGUAACCGUGAAAAAUUAUGUUAUCUUUGACCUGAAUCAAUUGUGACACAUCGAGCAUAUUUACGUACCGAACAUCAGCCGGGAAUUGACUGGUCACCCAGUCUUUCAUCCUGGCUCUGACAACGAAGGAGGGUGGGGUCUGGUCCGACGAAGACUCCACCGCUGCCGUCGCGAGUCAGCUC